AUGAAGAAGAGGGCGGUGAGAAGGACGAGGAUAGUGAGGGCCAUAGAGGAGUCGAAGUGCGUGGCUGGUUCGAACGGCCUCCUCCCGGCGGCGGCGGAAGAGGAGGAAGAGGAGGGGGAUCCGUUGUUGACCGGCUGGAAAGUGGGGUCCACUCCAUCGGCGGCCGCGGCCGCGGCCGUGGUGGGGGAGAGGAAGUUGGAGGUUUCUGUAAUGUUUCCGGAUUUAGAAAGUUGGAGCAGCCUCCUCCUGUGUAAUAAUAUUAGUUGUGUGGGGUUCAUUUUCACCCAAUCGAGCCCUGAAGAAGAUAAAAGGGAUUUUUAG